AUGGUGGUGCCUGGAACAGGGUUGGAGAUCGAAGAGGGGAAAGGGCGAGGGGCGGCGGGAAGUCACGCAAAAGGGAAGCGGAGCCAUAGGCAGAGAGGAAGGGAAGGUUCGAGUGGAGAGCUCCUAUGGGGAAGGAAGUACGCGGAGGUCUUUGAGGCGGUGAAAGCGCGGAGCAGAGGGAGAGGGCGGAAGCCGACCCGAGAAUGGCGGUCGAUCACCUUCCUUCCAGUCCACACUCCGUCCCCUUCCGUCCCACACACGCACUCCCCUCCAUCGCUCACGCUUCCUCGCGACAACGAGCACGCUCCCUCCCCUCCCGUCUCCUUUGCGCUCGCUCCAUUGUCGCACACGCGCGCUCUGUUUUCUCGCGGAUUACAAUUCCCUCCCGUCGCCCACGCGGGAGCGCCGAGACCGAUUACGCACACUCCCUUCCGUCACCCACGCUCACUUCGUUCCCGCCGCAGACGCGCACUCCCUUCCGUCGCCCCCGCGCACUCCGUCAGUUACCUCGGCCCACGCGCACUCCCUUCCGUUGCCCACUCUCAAGACCUUCCCGUCGCCCACGCUCACACCCUUCCCAUCGCCUACGCGCAAUCGUUCAGUCGCCCACUCUCAAUCACUUCCCUCGCCCACGCUCGCUCCCUUCCCGUCGCCCACGCUCACUCCCUUUCCAUCGCCUUCGCGCAAUCCUUACAUCGCACACGCUCACCCCCGCUCGUCGCACACAGCCAAUUCCCUCUCGUCGCACGCUGCCGCCCGCGCCGCGCUCUCCCUUUCAAUCUCCUCCCGCCGUCCACGCGCACUCCCUCCCGGCGCGCGAGACGACUCCCCGUCCGCCGCCCACGCUCACUCCCUCCCGCCGUGACGGUCCCCUCCGUCGCACAUGCUCACUCCCCUCCGUCGCCCACGCCCACUCCUUAUGGUCGCACUCACUCCUCCCCGUCGCCCACUCAUUCCCCUCCGUAUCCCUCGCUCACUCCCCUUCCGCCGCCCACGCUCGCUCCCUCCCGUCGCGUUCGGCCCCAUCCGUCGCCCACGCUCACUCCACUGCCGUCACACACGCACGCACCCUCCCCUCGACGGAGAGGGGGUGCUCCGCUUCCCUCGCAUAUGCGUUCAUCUCCCCAUCCCUCAUCUCCCCAUCCCUCAUCUCCCCAUCCCUCAUCUCCCCAUCCCUCAUCUCCCCAUCCCUCAUCUCCCCGUCCCUCAUCUCCCCGUCCCUCAUCUCCCCAUCCCUCAUCUCCCCGUCCCUCAUCUCCCCGUCCCUCAUCUCCCCGUCCCUCAUCUCCCCGUCCCUCAUCUCCCCGUCCCUCAUCUCCCCGUCCCUCAUCUCCCCGUCCCUCAUCUCCCCAUCCCUCAACCCCCCAUCCCUCAUCUCCCCAUCCCUCACCUCUCCGGUCUUCCUCUCCCUCUCCCCUCUCCUCUCAUUCCUUACCCUUCUCCCUCUCCUCUCCCUCCUCCCUUUCCACUCGCCCCGCCACUCCCGCCGUGCUUCUCCCUCCCCCCAUUCCGCCUCGCCCCAUUCCGCCCCACCCCAUUCCGCCCCAUCCCAUUCCGCCUGACCUCAUUCCGCCCCACCCCAUUCCGCCUCACCCCAUUCCUCCUCUCCCCGUCCCCUCCUCACUUUACCCCCCUCUUCUCCCUUUCCCCACCUCAUCCCAUCUCCUCCUCUUUCGUCCACCCCUCCUCACCCCAUAUCCUCCUCUUUCCAUCCAGGCCUCCUCACCCCAUUCCGCCUCACCCCAUUCCGCCUCCCGUCCUCUCCCCAUCCCCUCCUCUUACUAUCCCUCCUCUCCCUGUCUCUCCUCUCCCCAUCCCUCCUCUCAUCCCUCCUCUUACCAUCCCUUCUCUUACCAUCCCUCCUCUCCCCAUCCCUCCUCUCCCUAUCCGUCCUCUCCCCAUCCGUCCUCUGUUCGGAGCUGCUUGGGACGCUGUGGACGGAUGGCGGCGCCCAUAGUCGCACAACAGAGGCGGACGUGGUGCUGCGUGAAUCCCUUCCCCCCGUCCUCCCAACCUCUCUUUCUCCCUUCAUCACGUCCCUCCUCUCCCCAUCCCCUCCUCUCCCCCUCCCCUCAUCACGCCCCUCCUCCCAUCACGUCACGUCCUCUCCCCAUCCCCUCCUCUUCCAAACCCAUCCCUCCUCAUCACAUCCCUCCUCUUUCCAUCCAUCCUCUCCCCAUCCCUCCUCUCCCCAUCCGUCCUGUCCCCAUCCCCUCCUCUCCCCCUCCGCUCCAGGUGUUUCCUCCCAUCAUCACUUCCUCCCAUCAUCACUUCCUCCCAUCACCACUUCCUCCCAUCAUCACUUCCUCCCAUCACCACUUCCUCCCAUCACCACUUCCUCCCAUCACCACUUCCUCCCAUCACCACUUCCUCCCAUUACCACUUCCUCCCAUCAUCACUUCCUCCCAUCACCACUUCCUCCCAUCACCACUUCCUCCCAUCACCACUUCCUCCCAUCACCACUUCCUCCCAUCAUCACUUCCUCCCAUCACCACUUCCUCCCAUCAUCACUUCCUCCCAUCACCACUUCCUCCCAUCACCACUUCCUUCCAUCACCACUUCCUCCCAUCACCACUUCCUCUUCCUAUCCCCUUUCCCUCUCACAUCGUCCUAUCUCCCCCUGUCCCUUCCCCCCUGCUUCCCUCUUCCCCCUCUUUCCCCGCUUUCCCCUCCCCAUCGCUCGUAUUCUCUUUCUCUCCCUGGCUAUUGCAGUGA